GACAGUGAACAAGGACGCCUGUCACAAAGCCCACAGUGGACAGCGGGCAGUCUGCCCUCCUCCCCGACCCCUCGGAGCCCCGGGCCCCGUCCGCCGGGCAACCCUGGGGCCAGAGUCAGGAGAUGCUGGGGGCCAGGGGUGGGGCGGGGCCCAGGGGUGGGACUCGGGGGCCAUCGUAUAAGUCACCCCUCCUUGUUCGCUGGGAGAACCGGGCCCCAAACAAGGGCCAGCGGCGGCCCCUCCUACAGGCGCCCCCUCACGUCCUGGGACCAUGGCGCCAGGACAUUCCAACGCCCGCGCCCAGGGGGCGGGCUGCACAGCGGGUCCGGCCGGGAGCUGUGCUGGGAAGGGCUGGGCGCAAUGCUCACGCUGCCCUACCUGCUCGCCCGCGGUGCUGGCGCCAUCCUGCGGGCCUCCCGGGGGCACCGGCAGGAGUUUGAGAAUGCCGAGGGGGAAGAGUACGCCGCCGACUUCUCGGCACAGGGCUCCCCGGCCGCCGCUCAGAACGGGCCCGACGUGUAUGUCCUGCCGCUCACCGAGGUCUCGCUGCCCAUGGCCAAGCAGCCGGGGCGAUCAGUGCAGCUGCUCCAGUCCAGGGCCCUGGGCCGGCACAGCCUGCUCUACCUGGAGGAGAUUGGCCAGGGCUGGUUCGGGAAGGUGUUCCUGGGGGAGGUGCACUCGGGGCUCAGCAGCGCCCAGGUGGUGGUGAAGGAGCUGAAGGCCAGCGCGAGCGUGCGCGAGCAGAUGCACUUCCUGGAGGAGGCGCAGCCCUACCGGUGGGUGGCGCCGGGCCGGGCCGGGGGCUGGAGGCGGGGGCUGCACUGGGCACCGGGACCCUGUCAUCCAAGGGCCCUGAAGCACAGCAACCUGCUCCAGUGCCUGGCCCAGUGCGCGGAGGUGACCCCCUACCUGCUGGUGAUGGAGUUCUGCCCCAUGGGGGACCUUAAGGGCUACCUGCGGAGCUGCCGGGUGGCGGAGCCCCUGGCACCGGACCCUCUGACACUGCAGCGCCUGGCCUGCGAGGUAGCCUGCGGCCUCCUGCACCUGCAUCGCAGCAACUACGUGCACAGUGACCUGGCUCUGAGGAACUGCCUGCUCACGGCCGACCUGACAGUGAAGAUCGGAGACUACGGCCUGUCCCAGGGCAAAUACAGAGAGGACUACUUUGUGACCGCGGACCAGCUGUGGGUGCCACUGCGCUGGAUCGCCCCUGAGCUGGUGGACGAGGUGCAUGGCAACCUGCUGGUGGUGGACCAGACCAAGGCCAGCAACGUGUGGUCCCUGGGCGUGACCAUCUGGGAGCUCUUGGAGCUGGGCGCGCAGCCCUACCCCCAGCACUCAGACCGGCAGGUGCUGGCCUACGCCGUCCGGGAGCAGCAGCUCAAGCUGCCCAAGCCCCAGCUGCCGCUGCCGCUGUCCGACCGCUGGUACGAGGUGAUGCAGUUCUGCUGGCUGCAGCCGGAGCAGCGGCCCACGGCCGAGGAGGUGCACCUGCUGCUGUCCUACCUGAGCGCCAAGGGCGCCACGGAGGCCGAGGAGGAAGAGUUCGAGCAGCGCUGGCGCUCCCUGCGGCCCCGCGGGGGCGGCGCGGGCGGGCCGGGCGCUGCGGGCCUGGCGCCGGGGGGCGCGGGCGAGCUGGCCACGGCCUCGUCCUUCCCGCUGCUGGAGCACUUCUCGGGCGACAGCUUCCACGCGGACGGCGACGACGUGCUGACCGUGACCGAGUCCAGCUGCGGCCUCAACUUCGAGUACAAGUGGGAGGCGGGCCACGGCGCCGCCGCCUUCUCGCCGCCAGGGGGCGCGCUGAGCCUGGGCUGCCCCCCACGCCUGCAGGAGCCCUGUGCCCCCGAGGGCGCGCCCCCGGGCGUGGUGCCCGUUCUCAGCGCACACAGCCCCUCCGUGGGCAGCGAGUACUUCAUUCGCCUGGAGGAGCCCACGCCCACCGCCGGCCACGACCCCGACUGCGCUGGCUGCGCCCCGAGCUCCAAGGGCCCUGAUCACAAGGAUUCAGACGGCGCGGCCGCCUUGCUGGCUAUGGAGCCGCCCCGGGGCCAGACGCUUUCCACCGAUGGCCCCUGGGGCCAUUCUGACCACCACCCACACAGGAGCCCCACUCAGGACCCGCCCUGCCCCUCCUGCUCACCCUCACCCUCGCCCGGGGACCUGAUGCUGGUGGAGGCCAGAGUGGAGGAUGCUGACUCGGGUGUGGCUGCUCUCUGCCAGCCCGUCUUUGGGGACCCCCUGGGAGCAUCCACCUCUGGAACGUCAGGACCCUGGCUGCCCAACAGCAGGCAAGGCCCCGAGUCCUGGGUCCCAGGCUGCACCGGGGGCCACACAGAUGGCUGCCUUGGCAGGAAGGAUGGCCUCCAGGCUGUCCCUGAGCUGGGCCAUCCCCUGGCCCCAGCAGACCCCAGAGAGCCUCUCCAUGGGCCAGAGGGGGUCUGCUUUGGCCGGGAGCCAGGCCGCUGCCUGGACCUCCCCUGUCUGUGUCCUGUUGAGGGCCUGGCACCUGCCAGGGGCCUGGUCACACACCCCUGGACAGAGGCAGCUGUGAGUGGGGGCCACGGCCCCCAGACAGAGCCCAGGUGUGCAGAGGAGGCCGAGGGCCCUGCUGGACCCCAAGUGUCCCUUCCGUCCAUCCCGACCCCACCCCUAGAGGGAGCCCAGCUUCCCACGGAGGAGGCCAGCGCCCACACGGCCCUGCCUGCUUCCCCCACGCCUGCCAGCAGCCAGGCAGCUGCCACGGAGCCAGCACCCACGUGGGACGGAGGCAGCAGCUGCCUGGGGCUGGAGGCCCCCGGUAGUGAGGACGAGGACACGACCGAGGCCACAUCCGGCGUUUUCACCGACUCGUCCAGCGACGGCCUUCAGGCCCAGAAGCUGGACUCGACGCCGGCCAUCCGCUCCCUGCAGAAGCAGGUGGGCACGCCCGACUCCCUGGACUCGCUGGACAUCCCGUCCUCAGCCAGCGACGGCGGCUGUGAGGUCUGCAGCCCGCCGGCCGUGGGCACCCCUGGAGGGCAGCCCCGGGCCCUGGACAGCGGCUACGACACAGAGAACUACGAGUCCCCUGAGUUUGUGCUCAAGGAGGCCCCCGAGCCGUGUGAGCCCGAGGCUUGCGGGCGGCUGGCCCCCGAGGGUGAGAGCCCCGGGCCGGAGACGCAGCUCCCGGCCUCCCUGAGCGGCCUCAGCGAGAAGAACCCCUACCGCGACUCGGCCUACUUCUCGGACCUGGACACGGAGCCCGAGCCCCCCUCGGGGUCUGAGAAGGGGGCAGGCGGUGUCCCGGCCCCUGGGCCGGAGCCGGACCUGGGGAGUCCCCAGAGCCCUGGGCUGCACCCUGCACAGCCGUCUGAGCCCUGGGUGCCCGGGGAGGCGCAGAGCCCCGGCCCCAGAGAGCUGUCGCCGCUGCCACUGCCACUUUGCGAGGACUCUUCCCCGGGGCCCAGCGCCUGCCCCACGGGCCCCUGGCAGGAGGCUCCCUGGCCCCAAGGCCCAGCCCAGGUGCCGGCAGUGCCCGGCCCUGGGCGGUCCAAGGUCUUCCUGCUGACCCCGGUGCCGCAGAGCUCAGAGGGCCACCGCCCCGAGCUCCUGGAGGCCCGCGGCCUGCUGCCCGCCCUGCACGAAAGGACAGGGGUCCGGGACGCCCCCAGAGCCCCGCUCUGCCUGGCCCUGGCGGGACUCCCCGCCGCCCCGGAGGGCCGGCUGGAGGAAGAGGAAGAGGACAGUGAGGACAGCGACGAGUCGGACGAGGAGCUCCGCUCCUACAUGGUCCAGGAGCCGAGCGAGGAGAGCGAGGAGGAGGCGCCGCCCGUGCCCGUGGUGGUGGCCGAGAGCCAGAGCGCGCGCCGCCUGCGCAGCCUGCUCAAGAUGCCCGGCCUGCUGCCCGCCGCCCUCCGCGAGGACCUGGAGCGCAAGAAGAAGGCCGUGUCCUUCUUCGACGACGUCACCGUCUACCUCUUCGACCAGGAAAGCCCCACCCGGGAGCUCGGGGAACCCUUCCCCGGAGCCAAGGAGUCGCCCGCCGCCUUCCUGCCGGGUAGUCCCAGCGCCCCCAGCGCCCCGCGGCCCGAAGGCUCCCCCAUCCGCUUGGCAGGCCCAGAGGGCGGGGCGCUCGGGUGGGACAGCGGCUUCCCGCUGACGCCAGUCGGGGAGCCCGUCCGGGCCGCCCCCGCCGCGCCCCCCAAGCCGGCGCCCGGCCCCUUCUCGCGCUUCACUGUCUCGCCCGCGCCCGCCUCCCGCUUCUCCAUCACGCACGUCUCCGACUCGGACACCGGCUCCGCGGGAGGCCCUGCAGGAGGUGCUGAGGUCAGCUGUGAGGAAGCCUGAGGCCCGGGCAGCCCCCUUGGAGCCCCUGCCGGUCCCGCUCUGGGCAGCAGCGAGGAUGGACCGAAGCGAUGGUCGGCAGCAGCUUCCAGCACCUCGGUGCCCCCAGCACCUGGACGGUGGGGCGGCCGUGCACGCCCGCUGGUGCUGCCCGGGCAGGGUUCCUUCUGGACGCUGGGUCUGCAGCUGCCCGCUGGGGAAGCCCCACAGCCCCUGCCCCCCGUCCUGGCUGCCGCUGUCGGGCUGCUGGGCCUCAGCGCCCCGGGGACCUGCCCACGCCCUGCCCGCCCACCCCAGCGGGGCAUUGCAGGAUGCUGGGCCCCAGGCCAGGCCAGGGAGCGGCACGGGCACCGGGACGGCCUCUCCGUCCCCUUGGCCCCUCUGCCCGCUUGUGGGCUUGCUCAGUGCAGAGGCCCCGGGCUCGCGGGCCCACCAUCCUUACCUCAAAGUCUGUGGCUGUAUUUCCCUUUCACCGACUCGCUAGACCCAUGGCUGUCCCUCCCCACAGGGUCUGGGCUGACUCCCGCCUCGGGGUCCCCCUGCUGGAGCCAAGGGGGCAGCUCGAAAGAAGGGGGACUUUUGGCCCCACCCCUGCCCUCGGCCCCAGGCUAGAGUGCCCUCCACUGGCUGCGGUCGGCAGUACCCUCCGAGGGCACAGCCCAGCCCCACCUGGCUGCCAAAGAUGGGAGGCUCCCCCGCGGUCAGUGGGGGGGGGGCUGCCGGCAGGGAAGGGGACGGGUGGAGCUGGGAGGGCGGGCAGCACAGGGGUAUUUUUGUACCUGCUAUUGUUCAGCAAAUGAACCGAUGGAGGAUUUGAA